CUCCUCCCUGAAUCCCGCCCUCCCGCACACGCUGACCCAGAGACACACCCUGGUGCSGCGACGCAAACAGGGCGUUGUUCCGGUUAAAGGGGAAAGCCAGGAGCCUCCCACUGCCCCCUUGCUUCGCGCCCGCAGCCCCGCAGCACAGCUGUCUUUGGGGACGCCAGCAACAGAGCAUACGACUCAAGUCUGUACCGGAGACCGCUCUGAUCCAAGACAUCUAUUCCUUUGGGCUGCAGGAACUCCGUUGAGCAGAACUUGCCAGAAUGCUCCUCCUGUUGCUGGGAAUCAUUGUCCUCCACGUCGCUGUGCUAGUGUUGCUGUUCGUCUCCACGAUCGUCAGCCAAUGGAUCGUGGGCAAUGGACAUGCGACAGAUCUCUGGCAGAACUGUAGCACAUCUUCUUCAGGAAAUAUCCAGCACUGUUUCUCCUCGUCAGCUAAUGAAUGGCUACAAUCCGUCCAGGCCACCAUGAUCCUGUCCGUCAUCUUCAGCGUUCUGUCCUUGUUCCUGUUCUUCUGCCAGCUCUUCACCCUCACCAAGGGAGGCCGGUUUUACAUCACUGGAGUCUUCCAAAUUCUUGCUGGUCUGUGCGUGAUGAGUGCGGCGGCCAUCUACACGGUGAGGCACUACGAGUGGCAUCUGAACUCUGGCUACUCCUACGGCUUUGCCUACAUCCUGGCCUGGGUGGCCUUCCCGCUGGCUCUUCUCAGCGGAGUCAUCUACGUGAUCUUACGGAAACGCGAAUGAUGUGCCCUGACAGUCCGUCUGAGGCUCUGAGCGUACACAGGGAAGGGAGGAAGGAAACCAGAAAACAGGAAAAAUAAAAUAAAAUAAAUAAAAAGCUAGCCAAAAGAACCCAAACUCAAGCCAAACCAAACAGAAAACAGUUGAGGGGGGGCGGGAUUGCUGUUGAUCAAAGAUGUAUAUAAUAUCUAUGGUUUAUAAAACCUAUUUAUAACACUUUUUACAUAUAUGUACAUAGUAUUGUUUGCUUUCUAUGUUGACCAUCAGCCUYGUGUUGAACCUUAAAGUAGCUAAGGAAAUUUACACCCUAACCGUAUAAUCGAGCGCAGUAUUUUUGUUGUUGGUUUUCAAUCUUUUGUUUUGCCCAGAAAUCAAGUAACUCGCAUCUGGCCCCUUCCCUUUCAUCUGAAAGAAGAUACCUCCCUCCCACUCCACCUCACGGAAAACCAAAGGGUGGGGCUUGAACCCCAAAUGCCCCCAAGCCCUUAUAAUGUGGGUGUCCCAGUGCAUUUAACAGAAACGUUCACUGCCUAAACCUCUGUGUGAAGCUCUAAGCAUGCACAGACCAAAAGCCCCAGACCGGAACCCUCGGCCAAAACGCGRCCUGUGGCUUUAGAAUACUUGCCCUUGCUGGUGGAGUACCUUGGUGGCCCACAUAAAUGAGAAAUCAGUGACAACAGACCUGUGAAAUGGUGCUAUGGAUUUACCAUUCCUUAUGAUCACUAAUCAUCUAAACGACUCACUGGAAAUUCAAUUAACAAUUUUAUGACAUAAAAUAGAAAUGGAGACCUGAAAAAAUUCUGUGUAAUAUAAAUGGUUUAUAACCGCUUUUGUACCUAGCUAGGUUGCUGGCAUGACUAUAAUUAAUAAAUCUGAAAAGUCUUCAUCACUCCCACAUUUUUUUUUCUUACGGUCGGAGCAUCAGGACAAAUGUCUAGACCUUUGGGACUUUGAAUUCCCAGUGCUUGGCUGGGUCUAGAGUGUUCUAUGCCUCCAAGGACUGUCUGGCAAUGAAUCGUAUUGGCCACCAACUGUAGAUGUAUAUACGGUGCCCUUCUGAUGCUAAGACUCCAGACCUUUAUUAUAUUUUUUUUUUUUUUGCUUUGCUUUUUCUGAUUUUAUACCAACUGUGUGGACUAAGAAGCAUUAAAAUAAACAUCAGAGUAACUCA